AUAACUUGUCUCUUCUUGGGUUGGCAGUGAGAAAGAAAUUUUUAUUCACAAUUUAUCUUCUAUCAUGUAUAUUCUGUUUACGUGUGUUUUUUUGAGUACGUAUAAUAUGAUUACUAUUAAUGUUCACCAUCUUUUUUCUGAAUUUUCAUCUUUCAUUUCUGGUGAUUAACUCUUUUUAUCCUUCUCUCUGUUUGUUAAUUUUCUCUCUUUCUCUUUCUUUUUUAUCUUUUCUCACUCUCUGUCUCUGUCUAUCUCUAUCUCUUUCUUUCUCUCUCUCUUCUCUCUAAUUUCUCUAUUUCUCUAAUUGUUUUUCUCUCUCUCUCACCCUCUACGUGUUUUUCUUAUUCUCCCCUAUCUUCCCUCUUAAACUCUCCCUCUCUUUCUCUCUCACUCUCCUUCUCUAUGAUUUCUGGUUAAUUAGCUGUGUGGUGUAACCAUAAGGUGGUAAAAGUGAAGGAACCAUAAGGUGGUGAAAAAAAAGUGAAGGAGUUGAAAGUAUCCAUAUUGCGGUGAUUAUCCUCCACAUAGAGAAGACGAAGAAACAAAAAAAACAAUAUCUUCUCCCAUUUUAUCUUUGUUUUUUUCUUUCUCCUUCUCUCUCUCUCUCGUCUAAUCUCCAAUAAUUAUCAUCAUUAAAACGCAAAUAUAUCACCAUCAUCAUCAUUAAGAAAGAAGGAGAGAAAACCCAAAGGAAAAUUAUUCUUCUUUUCUCUUUACCAAUUAUUGUUCUAUUCUUUUAAUUACAUUGAUAAUAAUCGUCAAAACAUCAUCAUCAUCAUUAUAAAUCAUCUAAAUUCAUUAUGUUAAAUAAUUCAACAACUGCUGGGCCACCUCAUUUUGUUGAUUUACAUGUUAAUCCAGGUGAAUCUGUGUCAAUUCAACUCUUCGAUGGCAAUGAAACUGUCCUUCGAGGACCCGCUACCGUUACAAUGAUUUCUCAGCACACAUUCCCUCCAGUACCUAUGCCUGUCCAGGUUCCCCCUGGUCAUAUGGUUCAACAAAUAGUAGAUGAAAAUGGAACCUUAAGACAUAUUAUAUUAUCGGCAAUUAACAAUAAUGGAACCAAUUCAACUCCACCAGCAACAUUGGUACCACAGCAACAAGCUUAUCCAUAUUCGUGUUGUUGUUACUGUUAUUGCUCUUCUAUGCCAUCACCAAAUCCACUUCCUACGCCCCCGCCACCUCCACCUCCACCUCCGCCUAUUCAUCCUAGUAAUCUAUGGGAAAUGGGUUUAACUCAUGUUGAUUCGACUCGUCGUCUUCCCUUUUCCCGGACCAAUAAUUCAAAAGUAAAUUGUAACAUAGAUGUGACCUUUCCACCCUCACCAACCGGAACAACAAUCCGCCGACGAUUACCCAAUCGUAAUAAUUAUUCAUACUCUAAAAGAUCACCUUUAUUACAACAAGUAACAAGUAACACCUCAAACACAAGCACAACCACAACAACGACCACAACUACGUCAAUAGGAUCAAUUAACAAUAAUACUAGUAUCACCACGACAACAAUUACCACGACAGCCACUGGAACCUCACCUUCUAGUAAUACAAAUCAUCAUCAUAGUAAUUCAUUUAUUGUUAAUGGAGUAACGUCAACAACAACAAUAACUACAGCUAAACUAACUUCUUCCGGGGUAUUAUCAAUCGCUACAGUGACAUCUAAUUUAACAGCAACCACAACAACAACAACGACAGUAGCGGCAAUAUCAACUACAACAGGUUCAUCAACCCAUAAUAAUAAUAAUAUUAAUAAAGAUAAUCUAAGCUCUACACCAAUUCGUGGUAUCAAUGGAAAAAGUCAAACAUUAACAGUAACCGUUUCUGAAACGGGAUCUGUAUCUAAAACUGGGGCCAUAACAUUUCCUGUUACCCAUUUAAGGACCAAUGGAGGUAAUAUGGCAACCAAAUUAACUGCAUCCAUACCAGAGCUUAUCAUCACAGAUCAAUCAACGAAACAACAACAACAACAUCACCAUCAUUCACACCAACAUCAAUAUCAACACCCGCAUGGACAUCAACAUACACACCAACACUCACAUCAACAUCAUUCACACCAAUCACAAUCAGCCAAGAUUGAAUUCCUAUUUACCAAUGCUAAUAACAAUUCAGUGACAAGUGGAUCCUACAAUAAUAAUUAUAAUAAUAAACAUAAUUCAAUUGUUUCCAAUUUACCAUCGACCACUUCAAAUCAUCACCAUCACCAUCAUCAUCAUCAUCACAAUAUUGUUAACCAUGGUGGUGAUAAAUUAAUUGGUGACAGUGAGAAGAUGAAAAUCACCUCACAUCAUAAUAAAGAUAACUCAUCAUCCGGAGUUUUAAUCAAUCGUAAUUCAACAAUAACAACAACCACAAGCACGACAACAACAACAACAACAACAACGACAACACCAACCAAUGGACUAUUAAUUGGAUCACCUUCCUCACCAAUUAAAAAUGUUGUUGGUUCCCUUAAAUCAGUAACUACUAAUACUACAAUUAAAGGUUCAAGUUUCCUUAAAAGUGAUAGCAAAUCAUCACCACCAUCAUCAAAUCAUUCACCCAAGAAUGAUCAUUUGUCCAGAAAAGUGAGAAGAGAAGAGAAAACAAUUAACAAUAAUAAAGAAGAUAAAGAAAGUAUAAACAAGUCAAAAGAGAAUACACCUCAGCGGAAAAAGUCAAAUAUUAAUUCUAAUGGUGGUGGUAAUUACAAUUUAGAUGGAGAAAUAGGAAAAAAUCAUAGUAGUGGUGCCAGUUCAUCAAAUAAUUCAAAAGAAUCAUCACCAAUUAAGAUUCCAUUGAAUCAUUCAAGUCACUGUAAACCAAGUUUACAAUCACCAUUACCUACAAUUAAUAUACCAUUAAAUGUAACCUUAGCAACAGGACCAUCAACAGCCACUUUACCAAUUAUCAGUAUACCAAUGGAGGCAUCGACAUUUACAAAGAAACGUUGUGAUUCAUUAUUAACUACAACAGUAAAUUCUGUUGAUCCUGUUGGAAUUAAAAGUCGUAAAGAAUCAUCUGGAAAUAAUUACGAUUCAAGAAAUCCAGUUACCAAAUCAAUUACUGGAAGGAAUCUCAAUAAUCGUGAUCAACAACAAUUAUCAACUUCUUCAGGAGCUUUGCCAAUCUCAGUAAUAGUCAAUGAUGCUGAUAGUUUAAGUGUCGAAAGUCCUUUAAUUUUAAUUGAAAGUGAAACAACUUCGAAUGAUAAAUCAACGACCAAACCAAACGACCUAAAGGUUAUUGAUUCCAAUCAUAUUGAAGACAAUGGUGAUAGUAAUGAGAAAGAUGAAUCAGUUGAUGAAAAUUCAACGAUACAAAGGUUAACCAGUCCAAAGAAAGGGCAAGAGGCAAAGAAACGAAAAGAUAAAACUGAUCAAUCUGAUGGUCAAACUAAUCAACAAUUAAAUGGUAAAGAAGAAAAUAAUUUAGAAGAUAAUUUAGUGAUUAAAGACCCUAAGCCUGUGGAUAACAAAGAAUCAUUGAAAGUCAAAGAUGAAAUCGACGGUGAUAAGGAAAUUAAAGAUGAUUCAAUUACUGUUAAUGAUAUAACCGCAGAGGAAAAGUGCAAAAGUGAUGAUAAAAUUGAUUCUCAACAAAUGAUAACAUCUCUAGUAUCAUCAAUAACAACAACAACAUCUACAAAAACAACAGUGUUCAAUGAAAAUAUUACCGCUAAUGUGGUUGGUGCUGAAGAAAAUGAGAAAACCUCAACUCAUACUCGUGAUAAUCAGGAUAAAGAUUAUGGUGAUAAAAAUGUUGAUGAAAAUAGUGAAGAAGAGGAAGUAGAAGAUGAAGAUGAAGAUGACGAUGAGGAGGAGUCACAAUUGACAGGAGAUAAUAAUAAUAAAAACAAUUGUAUCACCUCGAAUACUAUGGAAACCAAUGCAGCUUAUGGAGAUUCAAGUGAUAUUAAUCGAGUUAAAGUUAAAAGUUCACCUCAACGAUCACCUAAACAUUUAUUACCCCAAAUUCAAGUAUUUUGUUUAAAUUAUACCUCAUUAACUGCAACCAGUGUAAAGUUAAAAUGGAUCAACGAACAAGGUCAUCAUAAUAAUUAUCAUCAUAGCCAUCAUCAUUUUCAAUCUUCCUCUUAUGGUGGUGGAUCUAUUCUCAGUGAGACUCGACAUUAUAUGGUUGAAAUGAUGAAAUUAAACCGAUCAAAUGCCAAAAACGGAACCGUAACACCAACAACCAGAAUAGUUUACCAAGGUACCCAAGCCUCUUGUCGUGUCUCCCAUUUAACUCCCUCAGAACAAUAUUCAUUUAGAGUGAGAUCAUCUGAAAAUAAUCAUCAACUGGUCAGCAAUGUAUUGACCGUUGUAACCCCCGAACAUCAACCGGUCAAUAAACACCAUAAGCGAUCAAGAACCCAAAACUCUAAUCAACAAAUUCAAUUCACCUCAGAGUCAUCAUCUCAAAAGCAGCAACACAUUAUUCAAAAUCAAGAACAAGCAGCUUCCCGUCAACAAGAAUCAUUGAAUAACAAAAUCGAUGGUGAAACCCGGAUUAUCCGAAGUGAACAAAAAUGUGCAAUUGUAAUUAUCUCCUUGGUUUCAGUUCUUGCCGUUGUCCUUGCUUGUAUCAUUCAUAAUCUAUUAAUGUAUUGACGAUGGCUGACCAAUUGACCACCAACAUUACCCUCUCCCUUUUCACCACGAAGAUUGACUUUAAACAAAAACUGUGACUUUCUCAACUAUAAUCACCAAAAAAAAAGCAAACCUGUUGCUGAUGUUUACCUUGUUAUCGUUGCCUCUUUCUCUACCCCUCUUACCUUAUUAUUAUUAUUAUAAUGACGAUGCUGGUGACCACUAAACUUGUUAUCAAGUUGGUUGACCAGGAAUGAGCAGAAAAAAAAAUAGAUGGUAUCAAUAAUAAUAAUAAUAGUACUGCUGAUAAUAAUAAUGGAUAAUUAUAAAAAUAUAUAUACGGAUAACCAAUGAAAAAGAAACGUAUUGACUGGAGAAAAGGAACCAAAAAAUGAAGACCUUUUUUUAUCAUCGUUUCCUUUACUAUAAGUGUGUGUUUAUCUUAUCAUCAUCUUCAAUUUUUUUUCGCACUCAAAUGGAAUCAUAAACAUCAUCAUGAUGACAAAGUAAAAAAGAAAGAGAAGAACAAGCUGAAUUCAUUCUUCUAACCCAUUCAUCUAUACCUAUUCUCAAUAUCAACAUCAUGAUCAUCAUCAUUAUCAAUAACAAUACCCUCAACACACACAGCAUCAAUAACAACAGCAAACAUUGAUACAGAAACUUUCAAUAUGAAUGAUUGUACUUUUUGCAAUUUUUUCAAUGUUCAUGAGAAAAGGCAAAAAAAAAAUGAUGAAGAGCAAACUUUUCAUGCACGGAGAAAGAGACAAUCUUGAUGAUAAUGAUGAAAAAGACGCUGUUGAUGGUUAAGAUGGAUCUGACAAGGAAGGAGCUGGUAGGAAAAAAAUGAUCUUCAUCAUCAAGGUAGAAUGAAGCAAGAAGAAGGAUGAAGAUCAUCAUCAUCAUCUUCUUCAGGAUGAUGAUGAAAAUUUCAAGCAAAAAAAAAACAAGAGAACCGCCAAACACUGAGAAGGAAUCAUGAUGAUGACUUGUUGAUUUUUGGAUAACAGGAGAUGAAGAAUAAGAAAAAAUUCUGAAGGAAAACAUGAUGGUGAUGGAAAAGGAAACAAGCAAUUACAAUUACAUAAGAAAUAAUUUUUUUUUUCUUCACUUUAAUUGCUCCUUCUCAUGUACAUUUAAUUUCAUCAAUUGGUUAAAAUUUUCCAUUGAUCAUCAUGGUAUCAUCGUCAGAUUGUUUCAUAAUGACUUCAUCAAACUUAAAGACAACCCAAGCAUUUAAUUGUAUUUCAUUGACAACAAUGUCCGUCAAUCUAUUGAUUUGUAAACGAUGAUUAUGAUGAUGAUGCUUUUCCUCCCUCCCCUCAUCUUUUAAUUAACCUUUUAAUGUGCAUUCAUUUUUAUCCCACUCUCAUAUUUAUAUAUAUUAUUAUUUUUCGUUUAAUUUCCCCAACAACCUUUUACCUUUUACCUUUUAACUUUCUCAGUUUGUUUAUUGGGCCCAACGCAAUCAUUUGUUUGUUUAUCUUUUGUUUCAUUUUAUACUAAUUGUUUUGACAGAAUUUUUUUUUAAUUUAUAAUUUUAAUCUCUCUCCCUUAUAUAAUUAUCACCAUUUAUCUUUUUCUCUUCUUGACCCUCCCUCAUUCUCAUACAUCUUUGCAUCAUCACUUGAUUGUCCUUUUAUCAACAACUCUCCCAGUCUUUUGUUGACUCUGAUGCAAUAUUGUCUGUUGUUGUUUAUUAACCCAACCUUUUUCCCCCAAUCCUUUCUAUCCAUUCAUUCAAUUUUUUAGUCUCAUUUUUCAUCAUCAUAAUCAUCCAACAUCAUUUGCUAUUCCCCUAUCUCAUUUUGCAAAACAAUGAUGAUUAAUCAUUGUUUACGGUAAACACAAGCAAACGGAUAGACAAACAACUGAACAAACAAAACAAACAACAAAACCUUUUACCUGUUGAAAUGAUAAGAGCUGCCUCUUGCUGGACCAGUCGAAAAAAAAAUGGGAGUAGAUGGCAAAGAAGGAGAAGAAGAAGAUCCAAAAAGAGAGUAACCAGAAAAAAAGAGAGAGACUGACAGGAGGAGGAGGAAGAAGAAGAAGCAAAGGAAGAAUAAUUUAUCAGCUGAUGACGUUGAUCCUUCAUGUCUUUCUCUCUCUCUCUCUUUCCUUCAUUUCUUCUCUUCUUUCUCUACUUUUCUCUUCCAAAUCAACUUACCACUUCUUAAUCAACAAUUUUUUCACACACACACCAAUUUAAAAAAGAUUAUCAAAAGAUGGUUAAUAUACUUGAAACGUGUUGGAAAAAAUGGUUCAACAAUUGAUGACGAUGAAUAACAACUUAAUGAAAAGCUGAUGAAAUAAUCAAUUUUUGCUUUGUUUCUUUGCAUUGCAUUAAAUUGGUUUACUGGUUUUGUUUAGCUAUCAAACUUACAACAACAAAAUGUAUUUCAUAUAUAAGUUAUUACCUGGAUUUUUCAUUCAACAACAAAAAGUGGUUCUAUUUGGUAUCUCUCUCACUUACCAUAAGGAUUAACAUCAACCUGACCAUCUAAAUAUAAACUGAAGCUGUUCAAUAUUACCUGUUUACCUUUUUGUUUGAAUGGGAUUCGUUUAGAUUGUCUAUCAUUUUCAUCGCUCUUUCAAAACUAAUUGAUCCCGUUUAAUUUACUUCUGAACACACACACACACAAUAGACCAGCUAGUCCAAAAGAUUAUUUAUACUUAAUAAUUACAAUUAAUAAGCAAUAGAAACAUACGCAACAACAAUUAAUUUUUUCUUCUAAUCAAUUUUAUGGUUUACUUAUCAUCCACGGGACUUUAAUGAAGACGAUGAAUUUUCCACCUCAAUUCCUGUUGAAAUUUUUUUCUCUUUUCUUUUCAUGUCAACAUAAUUAACAACAUUUUGAGAAGCGAAAAAAUUUGUUUAAAUAACAAUUUCCACAAUCAACUGCAAGAGAGAGAGAGAGACCAGGAUAGCAAAUUGAAAAUGGAGAAAACUUAUCAACAUCAUUAUCGUCAUUAACAUCAACAAUGAUUAUAACAACGCCCCACUCAACUAUGGAUCAUUAUUAUUUCUUCACUGGUGAUUGAUAAAAUACAAUGAUGUCCAAUUCUUGUUUUCAUUGAGAAAAGGCACAAACCCCAAAAAAGACCAACACAAAUGAACAUUUCAUUUUGCAUCGUAAAAAAAAGGAGUCAUUCAUUUUUCGAUUGCAUUUACAUAUGAUAUUAACAGCGUGAGUGUGUAUCAUUAACCAUGAUGAUAAACAACUGAGGCACAUGAUUCUGAAAAUGAAUUGUCUUUUAUAUUCUCCAUCAUUAUUUUUUUCUCUAUUCUAAAGAUUUCCUUUUCCACUGUUGCUAUUAAGGAUUUAGUUGGAUUUUUUCUCCUCAAUGAAAGUUACUUGCAUUUCUCUUCCUGUUUACUCUUUCAUUUCUCUCUCUCUCUCUCUCUCUCUCUCUCUCUCUCUCUCUCUCUCUCUCUCUCUCUCUCUCUCUCUCUUUGACCUUUUUAAUUUUCUAUUUUCUUCUCAAUCAUGUACACACUCACACACAACAAAAAAAGCUUUGGUUUGACAACCAGAGUGCACAAAAUUUUCAACAAAAUCUGUUGAUUAUCAUCAAGUGUACUUUUUUUCAUCAAAAAAAUAGUUACUUUUACAGGGAACAGUCAACAAGGAAAAAAAAAUAAUAGGAUAAACAUAUUGUAACCUCAUCUUUUCAUCAGUUUGAAGACUCAUCAAGCACAAAUAUACACACUCAACUAAUAACAUCAAAUCAACUACAUCAUCAUUAUCAUCAUGAUCAACAACAACAACAACAAUAUGAAGCACAUACACUCAUCAAGAGAUCCCCCUGCACACCCACAGUUAAAGGCAUAACUUACUUCAUGUGAUCAAGUAACCGAAUCAAAUGGAAAUCAAAUCAUUGAUUAACUUAACACCAGAAAAGUUUCAUUUAUAUUCAGUAAACAGAAACAUCACCCAAACUCACAGUCAACCAACAACCAAUGAAUCUCCUGAUUGUCAUUUAUCAUCAUCUAUUCAAUGGCACAAUAACAAUCAUUUUUCCAACAAUUAACGAUGGACAAUUAAUUGUAAUCGCAAUUUCCUCCCUCUCGCAAUACUUUGCCUCCCUUCAAAGAAAAAACAAACAGUUACCAAAUCGAUAUCCAUCAUCUAUCAAAUCAAUCAAGGAAUCAUCUUCAUAAUCAUCUUUCGUCAACAAUCAAUGGUCGUCAACUAAUUAACUCUCUCAUACAACAUGACACAAAACCUUAUUUAAUGAUUUUAAUCAACAUCAAACACACACACACAAAUGGAUUAUUAUUAUCAUGAUGCGUUUAUUAUUAUUAUUAUUAUUAUUAUUAUUAACUGAAUACCAUAUAUUGAAUUAUUAUUAUCACUAUUGAUUAAUUAUGAUAUUAUUAAUUAAUGAAUUAUUAUGAUUUAUCAACACACAUACGUACACACACAUAUAUAUAUUAUUAUGAAUUAAUUAUAUUCUAUUGUGGAUUCUAUUGUGAAUUUAAGAUUAUAUUGAAUAUAUAAAUAUAAAUAUAUUUUUAUCAUUCAUAACAAAUUGAAAAAGUUAAAAAGCAAAGAAAAAAAGUUUAAUUCAAUUAACUGAAUCAUUGUAAUAUAAUAGCAAUUAAUCCAAUUGUUUUUCUUUUUCUAAUUUGGAUGUUGCUGUUGUUUUCGAAAAUCUCUCUCCCUCUCCUUACCUUUUAAAUAUUGUUUUCUUUUCUUUUCUCUUUCAACAAUUAAACUCCAAUUUCAUUUCAAA